UCACCCGUGACAGCCGUUGAUGGCGCUGUUGAAAACUAAGGAUCCGGUCCACGCAAUUCGCGCAAGAAGCAUUGAGAUAUCGGCCGUCAACAAAAGGCCAAUUUUUCACAGCAAAAUUCUUCUGCUUCUGCUUGCAAAUAUGCUGAACAUAAACAAGGAAAACUCUCGGGUCGCCUGCAAGAAGUGCGGCUACAGCGGUCACCUGACGUACCAAUGUCGUAACUUCAUCCGAGCUGACCCAGGCAAAGAUGUGACCCUCGACAUCAGUAGCACGAGUUCCAGCAGUGCAGAAAGUGAUGAUAAGGCCGACGCCUACAUGCCAGCGUUACCACAGAAACGGGAUGAGUCCACGUCAAAGUCGAAAAAGGAGUCGAGCAGACAUCAGAGCAGAGAGAAAAGGAAGAAACGGAAAAAGCGGAAAGAAAGAAGUCGAAGGCGUAGUCGUUCCCGCUCCCCUCUGUCAUCCUCCUCAGACAGUGAGUCAUCUUCCUCAUCCUCUGAUGAUGAUUCAUCCUCAUUAUCAUCUUCUGAGGAGGAACAUCGCCGCAGAAGGAGGAAAAAACACAAAGAGAGGUCACAUCAUCGUAGCAGUACCAAGAAAGAGAAGAGAAGACAUAAAAAGUCUCGGAGAAAGACAAAGAAGAAGAAAAGACACUCGUCCACUUCGAGUUCUGACUCUUAUUGAUAACAAUCAAAACUUGUUCCAUUUUUGUUUUUACUUUUCCUAAAAAAGCUUUACUUAUUUUAUUUGGUUCCAAGUUGUCAAAAGUUUUUAAAGAAAUAGCACAUCCAUGAGUAAUGUUGUUGAACUAUUACACACACAAAAAUGAUGCAUCUGUAUGCCCCUUUGUUUUUUGUUGUGGUGGUCUGUUGGUUCAAUGCAUUUCCAGUACUUUGAAUAAACAUUCUGACUUUUUCUUUUGGCCCACUCUUAUUUUCAUUGCUGUACACAUUUUUAAUCUUUCUUAAUUGAUUUCCUUCAUGUUUUCGGUAUCGAAACAAGUUGCUUGAAAUAAAAGUUAUAACUUUGUACUAGUAUCUUUAAAA